AUGACAAAUAACGCGAAUGCAGCUGAUGGUGAGGUGUCUGAGAAUAUCUCACCGGAAGACUACUCGCGCCUUCAGUCUAUCAUAGUACAUCAUGGAAUAAAACACACAAAGGGGGAUAAAAAGAUGAGUUUAGCAAAACUUACUCUGAAACUAAAACAAAAGAAAGGCGAACAACCAAAUGAGAAGUUGUCAGGCGAAAAAAUGAGCCUUGCACGAGCCAUUCAGGCAGGACGUUUCGACCCAUCGACGGGGAUCAUCACAACUCAAACGAUGCAACGAAUCACUCUGAAGGAGGCUAUUGAACUGAAGAUAAUUGACGAAGAGAUCUCUCUAGUUCAGGAUGAACGAACAGGGUACUACAGAAGUGUAGCGCACUAUUUGAAUGAUGGGACUACCCCUAUAGAAGUUUGGGUGCAUUGGCCAAUGGCUACCAUUUUGCUGCCCGAAGAGGUGGAGCCUUUCGGUCGCAAAAGAGUGAAUCGUGGUCAGAGGAUUCCUUACGCUGCGGCUCAAAGUCUUCAUUUGAUCAACCCUCAGAGUAGAACAGUUUUCAAUCCACAGAUCGAAAACUAUGUCUCAAUUCUAAAUGCCUUUCUUGAAGGACCUCUGUGUGGGCAAAGAACAGUUAUUUAUUUUAGAACAUCGCAGGAGUAUCUUCCAGUGGAUAAAUUAAUCCCAUCGAAUCCGGAGAAUGUUGUAAAUGAGCUGCUUUUCAAUCGUUCAUUGUGUAUUGAACUACAGGAGGAUAUUGACGACAGUGGUGGUGUAACUCAUCCACCACCUCACGUAACUGUUAAGACUUCAGUCGAUUCAAUACCAUCACCUAUUCUUGUUACCCCUGUGGAUCUCAAAACCGCUGUUAGUCUUAGUUGGGUUGACAGACAAACUGGGUUUGUAAAUGAUCCUUACACUGGGCAUCGUCUCCUUCUAAAGGAAGCCGUCAGCGCAGGUUUGAUUGAUGCCGAUCGAACAGUUAUUAGAGACCCCGUCACCCAUCAGACUUCCACACUUAAUGUCAUCUUGAAAAGUGGGGAACCCAUUAAUGUGCCCUAUAUAGUACAGUUGGCCUGUUUGGAAGACAGUCAGGAACCAUCAACACAGGCAUGCUCUGGACAAAAUCAAUCCACUCCUCUGUCGCCCGUGACGGAUGGCAGUUUUGCCAUGACUCCUAUGACAGGGGAACUCCAGGUCACGAAUACGUCUAAAGGUCAGGAAGUAAAUGAUGAGAGAUUUCUCAUCGAAGAGGAGUAUCCUCUUGAAGGCAAGGGCAAAGCCAGGGGAAAGAUAUUUGAUGAAGCUAUGGAAAAUGCUAAAAAACAUGAAAAAAUCGGCCUUGACACCAAAAAGUUGCGAUCCGAUUUGGCCGAUGCCGCGGCUAAAGUGGGAACAGGCCUUGCUGUUGCACUCGGUGCUGCUGGUGUUGGUGGUACACUGGCUUACCAGUCAAUCAAGGAAAAGAUUAAGCGUGGUAAUGCUUCUCACAGCCAAAUUCAGUCUCCUACAGUCGAAGAAAAUCUUAUUGCCUCUGGUCCUAUUUAUGCAGAUACUACAACUAAAUCCUCUGAAGAAUCCAAAAGGCUUUUUGUUCCAAAUGGCGAUAAAAUCAGCACUGACGAUGCGGCGAAAAGGGAUGACGAGACUAAACUUGUGAAUGAUGAUGUUGAAGACGCAAAAUCGAGGAGUACAGACAUAUCCGGGUCUUCUGUUCCAGCUGACGGCAAAGAAUUGCAACGGCGUUAUGACGAAAAGACUGCUUUUGAAACGGACAAUGAAAUAAGUCCUGUGGAUACUGAUGAUGCAUUGAGAUCAGAAAUUAGUCAAAUGCCAAUGGACAACUUGGGGACAGCCAAUGAAGGGACAAUAUUUCUGGAUCGAAAUGACGAAAAUUUACCCAGAUCUUUAAUUUCUGCCGAAAAUAGUAUUUUUGGAACACAAGAUGUCUCGCACUCAAUUAGUGCUGAGGAUGGACAAAGAUCUGGACAUGAUGUCCAAAAAAUAGGAGAAAAUGAUGAAAGGGAGAAUUUGGGAACUAGUAUUGAGGGGAUGGAGUUUAUAGAUCAGGACGAAGAUCUAUCACGGCCUUCUCACUUGGCCAGUAUGGAGGUUCCUGAGACAAACGGUGAAGAGCGAUCCCCUUUGGAAGAACAAGGUUAUUCCACACCCUCAUCCAGGGAGCACGGGAUGGAGCUAAAGCGAACUUCUCCAUCAACAGAAGGAUGGGAAGCGAAUGGAGAAGGUAAAGAGAAGACCAGUGAUCCAGAAAAGUAUUCCACCGUCAAGUCUUCGCCUAUAGCCCAAGAUCAUUUGCAUUCAGUUGACUCUGAGGAUGAAGCAAAAUGCGAAAGGAUACUGUUGAAAGGUGGAACAAUGUAUCCGAGUGAAGAUACUUCUGUAAAUUUCAAUGUUGAAGAUUCCCAAGAGCACUUUGUCGAAAAGACUCCAUCCAUUGCUGAAGACGGCUUGCAGUUUGGAACCACCGAAAAUAAACAAGAGCCUAAUCAGGAAACGAAGGAAGGAAAGGCAGAGUUAACGGACCAAUGUGAGAAGCAGGCGCCUGGUUCUUCAAUUUCUGUCAACAAGGUGGAUGAACAGAAACAUGUAGCAGAUCCUACUAUGGAAUUAUCCGAGGCGACAAGCCAAAAGCCGCCUGGAAGUAGCGAUUCUGCUACUUUGCGGGAUGAUAAAUUGAGAUAUGAAGUUGAUUUGAUAAAGAACGCUGGACAUAUUGAAUCUUCAGUGAUAUCCGGGGCUGAUCAAAAUGCCGAAGAGCCUCUUGAAUCGGGUUUUUUAGGUCCUGAAAACAAUCUUAAUAAAAUGUCAAAGGGAGAACCCAUUAAUUCCGUUGUUACUCAAGGAGCUGUUGCUUUAAACCAACAGUCACUUUCUAAACAUGCACCAUCUUCAGUCGCUAAUCUGGCGGACACCUCAAAGGAAGCUAAAAAGGGCUUCGACGUAAAGAAGGUACUGACAAAUAUUGGAGGUGUGUUAACAGCUGCAGUUGGAGCUCCUGUAGUUGCUGGCAUAAUGGCUUAUAACGCAGCUAAAGACAAGUUCGAAUCCAGCCCACCGUCUUCAGAGACGCAAAACAAAUCACUAGAGAUAGGUGAGAGUGCUAACGUAACCCUGGAACCAGAAAAAGCUCUUACAACGGGCACAAAUCUUAAGAAGAAGGACAAAAGUGGAGAGAUUUUGGAAGAAAAUAGGCUUUUUCUACGAAUGGGUGAAACGGGCGAUCUAUCAAAUGAGAGGCAAUGCGACCUCGUGGAACAGCAACAGCAAUUCCAACCUCCCGCAAAUUUUGAUGAUUUAUUGAUCCCUGAAUCCAACUCUUUCGAAGAUCCUGGGUCUAAAUCCCCUCAAAAAGGUGAAGAGUUACCAAGAAACAGGACUUUUAACGACCAGCUCGCAUCUCAUGACCCGAACCAGGCAAAAGAUGAUCUCCCGGAGACCCAAAAGGAGGUUAAAAGUAGAGAGAGGGACGAUCAACCAAUUGAAGUCUUGAGGAAUCAAGGAAAAGUUGACCUAAUUCAAGAAGGAAAACCAAUUCAGUCUUUGGAAACAGGGCAGAACGUUUGCGAUUCUCCUCGACGGUCGGUAAGUCACUUCCCUACACCGAUUGGUGCAUUUCGAUAA